AUGAGACCAUCAUUAAUUCGAAGCGCAACUCAAGCGUUUAAAGCUUCUGAGUCGCAUGUCCUGAAGAAAGGCGCAAAAAAAGAUCCUGAGCUCUGGGUUCUCCUUGGGGUUAUGUCCGGCGCUUUUGGACUUGCCGGCUACUACUUUGGCCGGAAACCAACAUCCUCAACUUCUGAAACCAAAAUUGCGAUAGCUGAUGGAAGCAUGCCUUGGCAGAUGGAAGCUGGUAGCGGCAACACGCAGGCAGAUUUUAAGUACAGAUAUCAUCCAGGCGCAGAUCCUAGAAAUCCACCAGAAGACGCUCCAAGCGCUCUUAACGUGGUUGUCGUUCCCAAUGUGACUCUUCCCAAGGAAUUACAUGACAAAUUCAAUAAAUGGGGAAAAGAUGGUUACUAA